UUAAUUAAAAUGGCGGAGCUCAAGGAAGAGGACGCAGUGCAGCUUCACCAGGAGGACGCCAAUAUUAAAGAAGACUCUGUGAAGAUGGCAGUAGCUUCUGAGGAUGAGAGCAAGCAGAUGAUGGUCACAUCCAGUGACACUGUGAAAACUGACGACAGUCAAGGACAAGCUCCUGUCUCAUCAGUGUCAGAGAGACAUAUAUCCAUCCAGACUUCACUAGAAGGUCUGGAGAUGCUAGUGGACUUAAAUGGAGCUGGUAGAAAGUCUUGUCCGUUAUGCCCAGAGGAGAAGUUCAAAGCCUGUUACAGCCACAAACUGAGACGCCACCUGCAGAACCUUCACUGGAAAGUCUACGUGGAAUUUGAAGGUCAGAGGAUGUGUAUUUGUCAUCUUCCAUGCAGACAGAUGAAGUCCAACCAGGGGUUAGAUCAGAGUCAGACCCGGCUGGUGGCACACUACCAUUGUGUGGUAUGCUCCGUCACCAUCGCCCGAAAAACAGACAUGAUUAGCCACCUCAAACGGCACAUCAACAAAGGCGAGACCGAAGCAAGCUAUUCUGGUGCUUCAGAUGCAUCAUUUGAGGAACCGGUGCCAGGUCAGGCAUAUGAGAUCAUGAAAGAACUGGGCACCAAUGUGCAGCUCAUGCCCAACUAUAGCACGCCCAUGAAGACGGACACAUAUUUCAACCGUAAGAUGAAGACCAACAGGCAGUUGGUGUUUUGUUCUCUUGCUGUUCUUGCUGAGGAAAGGAGUCCACUAGAAUGUCUGGAUGCAUUUGGAGCCACUGGGAUAAUGGGCUUGCAGUGGGCCAAGCACCUCCGCAGUGCCGUUAAAGUGACAAUAAACGACAUCAAUGAAGCCUGUGUCAAUAUGAUUAAGGAGAACUGCCACCUCAACCACAUUCAGCUGGAGGGGGGAGACACAGAAGAUGGCGAUGCCCCCAUCAACACUGUGGAAGUGACCCAGAUGGAUGCUAAUGUCCUCAUGCACCUGAGAGCUUUUGAUUACAUACACCUGGACCCUUUUGGUACAUCCGUGAACUACCUGGAUGCUGCCUUCCGGAACGUACGCAAUUUGGGGAUCGUUUCUGUGACCUCAACUGACACCGGCUCACUCUACUCCAAAUCUCCGAAUGUGACGCUCCGCCAUUAUGGUUGCCAGAUCGUCAGGACAGAAUACUACAGAGAGCUUGCAGCACGCAUGGUGGUGGCCUCUAUAGCUAGGGCAGCAGCACGCUGUAAUAAAGGUAUCGAGGUUUUAUUGGCCGUGGCGUUGGAACAUUUCGUGCUGGUGGUGGUGCGGGUGCUCAGAGGUCCCACGCAGGCUGACGAGACGGCCAAAAAACUGCGGCAGCUGUUGCAUUGCCAGUGGUGUGAGGAGAGAGUGUUCCUCAAACCAGGCAGUAUGGUGGAGGAGAAUCAGUACAGGCAGCUCCCGUGUCAGUGCCAUGGCAGCAUGCCGGGGAAGACUGCAGUCGAGCUGGGACCUCUCUGGUCAGGGUCUCUGUUCAACACUGGCUUCUUGAGGCGUAUGCUGGUGGCAGCAGUGCAGCACAGCAUGGAGGACAUUCAGCCUCUGGUGAAGACUCUGAUCUGUGAGGCAGACUGCACCACGCUCAAAUCCUUCUCUGUCACAGGCCAACUGAUUCUAGCCAACCAAGUGGAGUGUGGUGUCGUCAUCAAGACGUUACAGAAGGUGGCAGAAGCAGACACUGUUGAUCAAUCAGGUAAGCGGAGGAUUGGAGAGGAGUCGAGUAAUGUACUGAAGAAGCUGAAAUCAGACGUGUCCUUGGAGCACCCUGCAUUCUACUACAGCAUCCAUCGCCACAGCAUCCGUGGCAUGAACAUGCCCAAGCUGAAUAAGUUCCUGCAGUACCUGAGUGAGGCCGGAUUCAGGGUGAGCCGCACGCAUUUUGACCCGACGGGAGUUCGCACCGAUGCCACACUGGAGCAGUUCAAGUCUGUGCUCACCAAGUACAGCGUGCCGACCUACAGCUCAGGACCACCGAGCAGUCUCAGCACAGAGGACACGAUGGCCAAGAAGGACUAAAUGUAGACAAACUGAACAGUAGUAAUAAUAAUAUGGUGAAUAGUGUUGCUCUAGCAGCAGGAUGCCACAGAGCUGUGUGCACACAUCCUGUCUGCUCAUACUACUGUACUCUAUAGUACACCACUUGGAGUAUUACUGUGCUAUACGGUACAGUAAAUACCAUGUUAAACUAUUACACCAGUAUUGAUUCACCUGCUAGCUUGGGCCAAGUUUCCACAAAGAUCAGCGUUAAAUGGUUGAGUGAGCAUCACACUGAACUCGCUCUCUCUGUCUCAGAAAAGAGGAGUUCAACUUUGUGAUGCUUUUGGGAAACUCAUCCUGUUUAGUUGGAUGGUAUUUAAUAGUAAUACUUGGCUUUCAGAGGUGACCAGUAUUUGUGCUUCCUGCUAUCUAGGAGGUUCAUGCUUUCUGUUAAAGUUUUACUCGACAUUAUACCUUGACAUUCCGUGUAGGUUACUAUUUAGUACAGUCGUAUGCACAGGGAUCCUAAUGCACUGAAACUUUUAUGCCAUGUUUUUGUUUUUCUCAUGACUUGUUUAAUCUGUUGAACUGAGCCUGUAUGCUUUCAGUAUCUGUCUAUUUAUUUUUUCCAUGUUGGAAUAUGAAUAUUUUAAGAGCUAUUUGAUAUUUUUAUUAAGCUUGAUUGUGCUUUUCUGUGCCUUUUUUUUUUUUUUUUGGUAUUGCAGGGCUGUAGCCUGGGAGCUGCCUAGUCACAUUUCAACAGCAAAUGUUCAGUUAGCCUAGACAACUUUUAAUAAACUCCAUACAACAUGAA